UGGUGCAUUUGCCUCUAUUUAUAAGGGUUAAUGAAAAAAUAUAUAGCAUCCGGUAAAAAUUUGUAUACACUAUUGUGGACUUGUCCUUUAAUAAUUGUUUGUUUAUAUUUAUGUUGAAAAGUUUGUAUGUUAAGUAGAUUUAUAAGGAAUGGAUAAUAACACCAUAUCGAGCUUGAUAACGAAUUUCUUUUCAAGUGAAGAGCUUCUCAUGAGUGGAAUGGUCAGAAUAGAGGAUAUAUUAGACAGUGUCCAAUCAAGUUCUAGUUCCGAGUCCUCAUCCAGUUCCGAUGACUCCGAACGAGAGGAAACCGUCAAGGGUGACAAUUUUUGUGAUGUCAUCGACAAUUACAGCAGUAGUGAAUUCAGGACCCACAUGAGACUUCGACGUUCAACUGUAGAAUUUUUAAUUGAGAAAUAUUCCGCUACUAUUGCCAAAAGCACAAAUCCUGGUGGAAGAGCAAGAGUGACGCCCAGAACUAAGAUGUAUUUAUAUAUUUGGUAUAUAGGCCAUACGGUAACUUUUCGAGACCUCAGCAGAUUAUUUGGUAUUUCAAAUUCAACAGCUUGGCAUAUUAUAAACACUUUGUCGUCUUGGAUUAUUUCAAGUGGCCACAAUUUUAUAAAGUGGCCACAAGGUGCCGCCGCAACAGAGGUAGAAAAGAAAUAUAAGAACAAAAACGAUAUACCAGGAAUAAUUGGAGUCAUCGGCUGUACUCACAUACAAAUAAAAGCACCAAACAAUAAUAAAGAAAAUUAUUUCAACCGAGCAAAUACCUACAGCUUAGUGCUGCAAGCAGUAGUUGAUCCAGACAAAAGAUUUACCGAUUUAUCAUGUGGCGAACCUGGAUCGAUGAAUUCAAGCAAAGUUCUACGCAGAUCCAAUCUGUUUAUCAAAGCACAGUUGGAAGGGCAAGAAUUAUUUCCGAAGGACUAUUUCUUAUUAGGUGAUUCAACUUAUCCCUCUACUAGUUGGUUGGUAUCACAAUUUAAAGAAAACAAACUGACUCUGAGUCAACAACUGUUCAAUAAAUUGCAUUCAUCUACCCAUCUCGUGGUUGAAAAUGCUUUUAGUUUACUGAAGGCACGCUUCAGAAGGCUGCAGCAUUUUUCUGAACAAAUGAAUUUAUGUUUUAUGGUAAACAUUAUCGUUAGUGCUUGUGUUCUUCAUAAUAUAUGUAUAGACUUAGAUGACAUACUUAUUGAUGACUUUAAGGAUGAUAACUUUCAAAAAUUAGACAAUAUAAAAGCAGGACUCAUUGAAGACGAUAUUUAUUUGGAUAGACGCGAUCUACUUUUUAAAUAUUUACAAGAAACCAAAGUAAUAUGAGGAUAUUAACUAAAUAACUUCAGAAAAUCAACAAUUUACAGAAAUAGAAUAGGUAGUAUGUAUGCAGUGAGUCAAGAAAAUAUUUCUAAGUAGGAAGCAUUACAAAGUACUGAAUACAAUAGCACACAAAAAAUGUCAUUUGUUUUAUCAUUUAUUAAACUUUCAAAACAAUUUAAUCCUUUUAGGAAAACAUUCACCAAACGUUUUUAAUAAAUAGACUACUUUAAAUACGCCUUCAGCA